ACAGGUUUUAUGAUUUUAUCUCCCUCGCCGCCUUUUCAUAUUUCUUGCUCCACGCGAAGCCAUCACCAUUCACCACACGAAGCAUACUCGAUCCCUGAAACUGAUUGAUUCCGCCGUUGAGAUGGCGGAAGUGGCAAGCGCGGUGGUGCACGAUGUUUUAGGGAGGCGACUGGAUGAGUUAGACCUUCCAAUUGUAGACUAUAUCAUCAACGUCCUCGCCGACGAGGAUUUCGAUUUCGGUCACGACGGGGAAGGUGUAUUCGAAGCCCUUGGGGAGCUUCUCGUGGACUCUGGAUGCGUAGAGGACGACUCUGAAUGCCGAUCGGUAUGUGUUAAACUCUCAGAUAAAUUUGGGAAACAUGGAUUGGUAAAAGAAAAACCUGCAGUGAGAAGCCUAUUGGCACCAGUGAGAAUGUUUGACGGAAUGGAUGAGGAAGUAGCCCCUAAGAAGAAACCAGAACCAGUGGAUGGGCCUCUACUCACUGAGCGGGAUAAGAUGAAGAUUGAAAGGAAGAAGAGGAAGGAUGAACGCAAUAGAGAGGCACAAUACCAAAUGCACCUAAAGGAAAUGGAAGCAGUUAGAGCUGGGAUUCCUGAUGCUGUUGUAACCCAUGAGAACAGUGACAGUGCAGCUGUGAGAGAUAUCCACAUGGAAAACUUCAAUAUUUCUGUUGGGGGGCGUGACCUUAUUGUGGAUGGUUGUGUUACACUAUCUUUCGGAAGGCACUAUGGUCUUGUUGGGAGGAAUGGUACUGGUAAAACUACCUUCCUCAGGUACAUGGCCAUGCACGCUAUUGAUGGUAUUCCCAAGAAUUGUCAGAUAUUACAUGUAGAACAAGAAGUAGUUGGUGAUGAUACAUCUGCCUUGCAAUGUGUGCUUAAUUCUGAUGUGGAAAGAAUUCGACUUUUAGAGGAAGAAUCCUCUUUGCUUGCGAUGCAGAACCCGGAUAAAGAUACUGGAAAGACCAAAAGUGAGCAAAAUGGUGGAGUUGACAAGGAUUCAGUUGCACAGAGGCUUGAAGAGAUAUAUAAGAGGCUUGAGUUCAUUGAUGCUUACUCGGCUGAGGCACGCGCAGCUUCCAUUCUUGCGGGUCUUAGCUUUUCUCCAGAAAUGCAAAAGAGGCCGACUAAAGCUUUUUCUGGAGGAUGGAGAAUGAGAAUUGCACUUGCUCGGGCCCUGUUUAUUGAGCCUGAUCUUUUACUUCUUGAUGAACCUACGAAUCAUCUUGAUCUCCAUGCUGUCCUGUGGCUUGAAUCUUACCUGGUGAAAUGGCCGAAGACAUUUAUUGUUGUGUCACAUGCUAGGGAAUUUUUGAACACUGUAGUCACAGACAUUCUCCAUCUUCAAGGGAAACAAUUGCACACAUAUCGAGGAAACUAUGACACAUUCGAGAGGACAAGGGAAGAGCAAAUGAAAAACAAACAAAAGGCUAUAGAGGCACACGAACGUGCUAGAUCACACAUGCAGUCAUUCAUUGACAAGUUCCGAUAUAAUGCAAAGCGUGCAUCUCUUGUUCAAUCAAGAAUAAAGGCACUGGAACGGUUGGGUCAUGUAGAUGAAAUUAUCAAUGAUCCUGACUACAAAUUUGAAUUUCCAUCUCCUGAUGAUAGACCCGGCCCGCCAAUCAUAAGCUUCAGUGAUGCAUCUUUUGGAUAUCCUGGGGGCCCAAUAUUGUUUAAGAAUCUGAAUUUCGGAAUUGAUCUUGAUAGCCGAGUAUCAAUGGUUGGCCCAAAUGGUAUUGGAAAGUCAACCAUACUCAAGCUUAUUUCUGGGGAGCUUCAACCAACCUCCGGGACAGUAUUCCGUUCGGCAAAGGUUCGCAUUGCUGUAUUUAAUCAGCACCAUGUUGAUGGCCUAGACCUCUCUUCGAAUCCACUUCUUUACAUGAUGCGCUGCUUCCCAGGAGUGCCGGAACAGAAGCUAAGGAGUCAUUUAGGUUCAUUUGGAAUAACUGGGAACCUUGCCCUACAGCCAAUGUAUACAUUAUCAGGUGGUCAAAAAAGCAGGGUUGCAUUUGCCAAGAUAACUUUCAAAAAGCCUCAUAUUUUACUUCUUGAUGAGCCAUCGAAUCAUCUUGAUCUGGACGCCGUGGAGGCAUUGAUCCAAGGUCUGGUGUUGUUCCAAGGAGGAGUUCUGAUGGUGAGUCACGACGAACAUUUGAUAUCGGGAAGUGUGGAUCAACUAUGGGUUGUCUCAGAAGGCAGGGUGAAUCCCUUCAACGGAACAUUCAUGGAUUAUAAGAAGAUUCUACAAUCAUCAUAAAAUAAAUACAUACAUAUUCCCCUAGUGUGUUGAAAUAUAUAUAAGAGUAUUAUUGUUCAAUUCGGUGGUUGUGUUUUGUUAGUUAGUUUCUGCCCUUUUUGUAGGGUUGGGCACUUGUGGUUGCUGCUGCAAAUUAUGACAUCUUCUAAACUUCUCUCAUCUUAUGGAUUUUUAUAUUUGAAUGAAUAGUUAGUUAAUUGAUUUCAAAGAAA